AUGCCAACGCGCAAACUCUAUGACAAAAUCAGCAUCUAUGCAAACGAUGAGAGUCUCGACGCAGCAUUUGGGCUUCUUAUGAAGAUCCUGAAACGGCCCAUGCUAGGCCAGUACGUACGUCAUGUUGAGUCCUGCUCGGCGACUGCUCGGGCCUUGGAUUUCAAAGAGACUGCCCCUCAGCGCGGAUUGAGCGAGCAAGACACUGCUCUCGUGCGAGAUGCCGUGAGAAAGGCUGGUUUUUCGGGCCACAGCGCGGAACGCAUCGUCAAUAUGCUUCUGCAGAGGAUGGAACAUGCGACAGGGUCAUAUGGCUUUUUCAAAUAUUGUGAUACACUGGGUACAUAUAUUGCACAAGCUCUUACUGCAGUUCUCAUUGCAAUCUCGCCAAACCUUACAUCGAUGGCCUCACCACCGCCCUUUCACGGGCAUGGAGAGGAGGCAGUGGUAUAUCCACUUGUCGAAUUUCUUCGUCAAGCCCAUUCUAGCACGGGAACAAUGCCUUAUCUUCAAAAUCUACAGAAGGUAUAUUUGAUCAAUAAAUCCGAUAGCACAUGGUCCGAUGGCCGGUUCUAUGUCGAGAUGGACUUGCUUGCUUGUUGGGAGUUAUUUGGACAGCUCCCAUCUAUUGAAUCGAUCGGGGCGGAUAUUGUUGUGACAGGCCAGAAUGAUAAGCAGGCACUUGAAUGCAAACCCUCCAACGUUAGUAGGAUUGCAAUCAACCACUCGCAUGUUGAUUCGAACAUACUUGUUCAGUGCAUCUCAUCUUGCAGAGCCCUCCGAGAGUUUCAAUAUUCUAUAGGGGGCAGAGCGAGCAGUGACGGAAGCUCCCCGCUUAUCAAUCCCAAGGCACUCAUCAAAGCGUUCUUAGGGCACAAAGACAGCCUCGAAAUUCUUGAUGUUGAUGUUGAUAAUGGGACUCGUCUGGAAGGGGUGGCAGGAGACGAGAAUUCUUACGAAAAUAUGGAGUUUGAACUUGAAAGAUAUGGGACUCCAUCCGAGGAAUGGGUAGAUCCCGCAGUCAUUGAGACUUUACGCUCUAUAUGGGGAAAUCAUGGAUCCCUCCAGGAUUUCAGGUCCUUGAAGAAACUGAGCAUCGGCUUACAAUUUCUGGUAUAUUUUGCCAGGGGUGUGAAAGUCAGUGAUACCUCCACGGAACCCCCCGAAUGGCCCAUGGUGGCCGAUUGCCUCCCAAAUAGUCUUGAAUAUCUGUGUAUCAGAGGAUAUGAAAAAGGGGAGAAUAAAGAGCUUGAUACACAGGUGGAGAGAUUGAUAUCCCAUUACAAGUCUGGGUCGUCAAACCUGAAAGAGAUCAAGGGACUCAUGGAAGCGAUACCCAAUUCCGACACUGUGCACAGCCCCGAUGACAACGAGGAUUUGUUGUGGUCUCUGACUGAAAUGGGCUACGAGAGUGAUUGGUGA